GUGGGAAACGCCUGCAGCAGAGGGAUAGUUAGAUAAGCAUCAACUAUCAAAGAGCCAACCAGGUCAAUGACGUCGUCAUAUGCACCCCAUUAUCACCCGCGUGCUUCCAGCGCAGUCAACUCGCAGAACACGAAAUGACAGCAACAUUUGGUGGAAACAUGCUGAGGACCACCAUACCUGAAACGUUCCACUCUCAUCCUGAUUAGAUCUUUGACAACUAGAAAUCUCACAAAGAGGGAGAGAUGGCGCCGGUGGAAGUUGAACAUCACGCAAGUCCUAUACCUCUGUUCCUUGCAGCCUUCCGUAUCGCUGCGGCCGCAUACGUUUCCUACACCGUUUGGCGAAGCCUCUAUCGGUCCCACAAGGCGCUGGGGCCUGCGCAGGACACGCGGACCCGCACAGCGGAGCGCUCCAAGCUCACCGUCGUCUUUGGGAGCCUGGCGGCUCUCGGGUUGGUGUUUGCCGUGACUUCGAGCCUCGAAUAUCUGACACUGUCAUACAAAGUGUGGGCGUCGGAAAGGGGUGUCGACGUUCCCGAGUCUCUGUUUAAUAUCGGUCGGGAUGGACCCGCUCUGUACCUGAAACACUGGCUGAGCGACACUCCGGUUUUCCUCGAUGCCCUGGAGAUCAUCGCCGAGGAGACGCCGAGGUUGUGGUGGGGACAGCAGGUUGACCUCGCGACAAUAUCAUGGACCGCGCUUCUGGCCGUCGAGGGUCGUCGCCGCAGGAUACCGCACCUAUGGGCACAUGCUCUGCUGCCGCAUCUAGUCAGCCUGUCCUUUGCCCAGAACCUGUUCUACGUCGCCCUUCUCCAAACACCAGCGCCGAUUCCAGCCCAAGAGACGAGGAUUGCCCGAGUUUUCCAUCGCCUGCUUCCGAAGAAGCCUAACAACUGGUUCCCAAAGCUAUCGCUGAUCGUUGCCCCCCUAGUUCUCAACUACCUGGUGACAUUCUGGCUCCCUGCCACUGCGGGGACGCCGUCGUUCCCAAACGCCGUUCUCCUGACCAAGCUCUUGACCCUCGCACCGCUGGUCUUGCCUGCCAUUGCUCCGGCGUCCUGGGGCGUCGUUCACGCUGACCCGCACGACGCCUAUCCCGACGUGAUCAAGCUCUUCAACCUGAUCUCGGCCGCGAGCGGCCUGCUGCACGCUAAGACGACCGUCUCGGCCCUGCUCUUCAAUCUCCCCGAUUCCCACAGGCACCGUCACAGCAUCAAGAUCCCCCUCGACACCGAGAAGCGCUCGAAAUGGGAGCGCACGGCAACGGCAGCCGAGAAGGUGCUCGGCUCCAUGACCGACCACCCGGCCGUUGCCGCCGCCGGCAGGGACGCCCUGCUCUGCGCCCUCAGCCUGGGUCUCUGGGCGGCCGUGCGGUCGACCGACGUCGGCAACAUGUUGCGCGCGCUGCACAACUACUCGACUUCCCCGUCCCGCGGCGGCAGCGGUAGAAGCGGCGGUGGCAAGCGGGGGAAAACAACCGAGACGCCUCGCCCCGCCCGGGCGCGGGAGGAGGCGGCGGUGGCGGCGGCGGCGGCGGCGCCGUCGAACGGCAUCCCUCCGCUCUCCAUGACGCUGCGCCGCCGCGGCCGUCAGAAGAGACCGAGCGUGUCGAGCGCCGGGAGCGCGGACGGCCCUUCCGAGGAUGCCGCCGCCCAGCAGCAAGCCCCGAAGCGCCGCGGCCGGCCGAAGAAGGCCAAAUCCGAACCCGAGCCUGAACCCGAGCCCGGCCCGGGCCAGGACCGAGCCGACCUGGAACCGGAGGAGGAGACGUACCGGCCUACGCCCGCGGCCCGGGCCGAUGUCGGCCUCGGCGACGUCGUGCCGGAGGACGACUUUGACUGGGAGGCGGCCGCGCUCACGUGGGGCUUGACGGCGGUUGGGGGCCUAGGGCUGGGGAGCGCGGCUGUUUUCGGGGCCGAAUGUCUCGCGCGCUGAUGCCGACGGAACGAGCUGCGCACGCCGGCUGGUUUUUCCGCAUCCUACCACGCUCGACUCUCUGGGGGGAACCGUUGGCGGGGGUUACGGUAUGUGCGAGCUCGCAGUCGCAGUCCGGCUCCUUUGGUGUUUCUGCUCUGAUUUUCGGCGUUGCCGCGGGACGGAUGGGAACAAUGGGCCAGGUGAAAA